ACAGGAAGUGCUCACAGUCAAGCUCGGCUGCUGUCACAGGACAUUUGUUGUCAGGCAGAGUCUCACAGUGUCAGCAUGGCAGGCAGGCUCGCGGUGGACCUCUACUGCUCCAUAUGCUGUGAGAUCUUCAAGGACCCAGUGGUCCUCAAGUGCAGCCACAGCUUCUGUAAGUCUUGCCUGCAGCAGUACUGGUGUCGCCGGGGGGUGAACCGGGACUGCCCUCUGUGCCGCAAGCAGAGUGUGGACGAACCGGUGCCCAGUCUCACCCUGAGGAACCUGUGCGAGUCCUACGCCCUGCACAAGAGCGAGGAGCAGCAGGAGGAGGAGGACCUCAGCGAGCCUCUCAGUGAGCUGGACCAAGCCACCGAGAUGUGUCUCCUCCACGGGGAGAGGCUCAAGCUUUACUGCCUGGUGGACAAGGAGCCAAUCUGUGUGGUUUGUCACACGUCAAAGAAGCACAAGUGGCACGACUGCUGCCCCGUCAGUGAGGCUGUGGCCGAAGUGAAGGAGAAAAUGGCGUCAGCCGUCAGCCUGUUGCAGGAAAAGAGGAACACUUUUGACCAAAUGCGUAAAAGCUACGAGGACAACAUGGCGCACAUCCAGUUCCAGGCCAGAUUCGUGGAGAGGCGAACGCGGGAGGAGUUUGAAAGACUCCACAACUUCCUUCAAGCAGAGGAGGAGGUCAGGAUGGAAGCGCUGAGGGGGGAGGAGGAGCAGAAAUGUGCAGAGAUAAGACAAAAGCUUGAGGAAAUGGAGAGGAAAAUGGCGUCCGUGUCCACAUCUAUCAAAGCCUUGGAGGAAGAGAUGGAAUUAGAGAACAUCCCUCUGCUUUGUAGAUGUCAGGACACACCUACAAGAACUGAAAGUGAAGGAGAAGAUUCUGCAAUGGACCCGGUGUCUCUCAUCAGUGUGGCCGAACAUGUGGGCUCUCUGGCGUUCAAUGUUUGGAAGAAGAUGCGCACAAUCAUCAAAUACACCCCGGUCAUCCUGGACCCAAACACCGCUGCCCCGUGGCUCGUCUUGUCGGACGACCUCACCAGUGUCUGCGACAGUGACCAGAAGCAGCAGCUGCCCGACAACCCAGAGAGGUUCAACCCCGACACGGCCGUCCUGGGCCACGUGGGCUUCACCUCGGGCAAAUACGCCUGGGACGUCAACGUGGGAGAAAACACGGCGUGGGUCGUCGGCGUGGCCAAAGAAUCCGUCAAGAGGAAAGAGAAAGUGUCUUCAGUGCUGAUGAACGGCUUCCUGUGCAUGUACUUCUACCACCAGAUGUACUUUGCAGGUACUUCUCCCCUGACCCGACUCGCCGUGAAGAGCAACCCGCAGAAGAUCCGAGUGUUGCUGGACUGCGACAAGGGCAGGGUGUCGUUCUACAACACGCACGACAACGCGCACAUCUACACGUUCAAGCACGCCAUCACCGAGAAAGUCUUCCCAUACUUUUGGGUCGGCUGUCAGAAGUUUCCACUGGCGGUCGACCCGCAGGAGGUUUCUGUGAUGGCUGUGGAGUAUUGCUGAGAGAAAGUUUUAAAUGGUUUAGAGGAAAGAGUUCACUGCACAUCUGAUUUUCUUGUAUUUUUUUAGUGCACACUUAAAGCUCCAGUGAGUGAAGUUUAAAGUCCGGUGAAGUUGCAUGUUGCAGCUGAAUAUCCUUCCCCUCACCACUGUUGGAGAGCCUGUGUCGCCUUCAAUUAGCGUCGACACUCGACCAUAAAAAGCUCAAUUAUCAAGUGAAAUGAUUUAAUCUUCCAUUUCUGCCAAAUUAACCUAAUUUCACCUCAAGUUUUACACUCUGGGCCUUUUCAAAUUUCAUGUUUACUCUGAUAAGUGCAAUUUUGUCGCUAGAAUUCAUUGUCUGAACUAAUGGAAAAUCAAAUUUUUAUUGCACUAUAUCUAUUUUAGCAUGCCGAUCUUCUCAUGCUGUUACAUAAGCCAGGUGUGUUUCCAAUGUUCAAACACUUAUGGAGUUUGUGGGUACUAAUUUACAAAUAAAUUAUUUCUAAAUAUCAA